AUGCAACUCUGGACAGCUGACGGUGUCUGCACACAUACACUCGCGCACCCCAACGAAAGGUUAAGUUCUGUCACUUUUUCUCCAGAUAGCCAAAUCUUCGCAUCUUGGUCGGUGGAGGGCACAGUGUGUGUGUGGGAUGUUGACACGGGCAGCCGCCUGCAAACUCUCAAACUCGGCGGGAGACACUUUCUAAGGCUGGUGUUCUCUUCAGACGGCAACACCCUCGCGGCGGAGGAUAUUGGAAUGAAGACCCUACAGCUUUGGGAUCUGGCCACUGGAUCCUCUAAACACAGUUUCCAAGGCUUCUCCAUCAGGGAUGUAGACUUCUCCCCCGAUGGGAAGUUUUUGGCCGCUCUCUCAUCCCGGAAGGUGCUCCUAUUGGAGACAGAAACUGCCUUCUCGCCGGACAGCAAGAUCCUUGCCUCUUCGUCCGUUGACGGCAUAUCUCUCUGGGAUACUGCUACCGGAACCUGCACCCAGACCUCCAAGCUCGAAGGAUUAAUUACCGAGCUUUCAUUCUCCGACGACGGCAAAUUCCUGUUGACGAACGUGGGACGAUUGACCCUCGACAAUGGCUCUGUCAGUCCGCUGCUGCUGACCUCUGACGAUUGGCUGGCAAUUGACGGGCUGAGAUAUGACGGCGAGUGGGUGAGUCGGGAGGGGAAGAAUCUUCUCUAUAUCCCUGCAGGUAAACGACCUACACAUCGCAGUACCUGGAGGAUGUUCAAAAAUACUCUUUUUAUUGGCGAUGCGUUUGGUCAAGUGACGUGUUACAUGUUUUCGUUUCCGUCUUCCUGA